AUGCACUUCAACUGUGUCCUGGGAAAGUACAGCGUAACUUUGGGUUCUUUUGUUCCCCAGAAUGCUGAGGAAGAUUAUCAACUGUGGUUCUCUGCUAGCCAGGAAGAAGCACCAGGCCCACUCCAGGGUCAUGAGAACCCAUAUGCCAUCAGAAUGAGUGACCUUCGAAAUUCUGCCUUUGUGGCAGUGGGGCCAAGUGACUACACUGGUUAUCUUGAUAUCAGCAAGGCAAUCCGGGAGCUACAGUCCCCACAUGUGUCAGGAUUAUUCAUCCUGAAGCCCAAAGACCCACCCAAAGACCAGAGCAAUUCCAAGAAAACAGUUAGAAGAGGAUGUUCUUUGAUAAACUGGAUUUUUCGGCGGGGCCCUGACUAUGUCCGUCUGGACUCUCCAGCCCCAAGCACUGGGCAGCCUUUUGCAAGGCCCCUCAUGGAUAUUUAUGAAGAUGGUGAUCAGUCUGCUCUAGUUCUGUGACUAUGAAACAACCUUUCUACCCAAGACUGUUAAGUGCCACAGUGUUCUUCACAAGGGACAGCUGCAGCAGGAUGUCUGAGGCCCCAUCUGGAUCCAUCCAUGCAGCUAGCUCGCCAUCAUUAUUUUCCUUCAUUAGAAACUAGAAUCACUGUAACCACAUGUUACUUCUUUCUUCAUUUAUUGUUACUGUAUCCUUCUGACAACUGUUUUUCAAAGUGCUGACAGGAUUUGUUACAACUUGGUUUAAAUCUGUCUGUACAGAAAUAAGAGAAUUCUUCAAAGAAAGAAUCAAAACACCAACCACAAACUAAGAGAAGCAUCUGAGUUGAUGCUUCCUUUCACCUGUUCCCAAUUGAGAAAAAUCUAUCUACCAAAUAUCUUCUGUUUUUCU